CGCCUUUGUUUUUGCCAUUGAAGAGAUCAACAGGAGCCCCUACCUUUUACCCAACGUAUCCCUAGGAUUUGAUCUCUACAAUGCAUUGCACAGUGAGAAAAGGACUUUGGAAAGUUGCCUGAUGUGGUUGUCUGGACUAGGCAAGCUGAUCCCUAACUAUUCCUGUGUGAGAGAGGGCAAGUCUGUGGCAGUUACUGUAGGAACCACGUGGGCGAUUUCAGCUCAGAUGGGAACAUUACUGGAACUCUACAAAUAUCCACAGCUCACUUAUGGCUCUUUUGAUCCCAUCCUGAGUGACAGGAGCCAGUUUCCAUCUAUCUAUCAGAUGGCCCCCAGAAACACAGCCCUGGCCCUUGGCAUGGUCCGGCUAAUGCUACAUUUUGGGUGGACCUGGGUUGGACUGGCUAUUUCAGAAGACAUGAAGGGCAUUCAGUUUCUCUGGGACUUGACGGGAGAGAUGGACAAGAAUGGCAUCUGUGUGGCCUUUGUGGAAAUGAUUCCUAUCACUGAGAGGGCCUAUUUCUCAUUGGCCUGGCAAUACCACUACAGAAUACGAUAUUCCUCAGCAAAUGUGGUGGUCAUUUAUGGUGACUCGGACUCACUUCUAGGACUAAGCUUUUCAAAGUGGAACAUUCUGAUGACAGGGAAAGUCUGGAUCACUACAUCACAGUGGGAUUUUGUCUUUUCUGAAAGUUAUUCCCUGUUGGAUUCAUUCCAUGGGACUCUGACUUUUUCACAGUCCCAUAAGGAGAUCCCAGGCUUCAAGCAGUUUCUUCAGGGGGUUAACCCUGCUAAAUACCCACAAGACUUUUAUCUUGCUAAAUUGUGGUUCCUGCAUUUCCAUUGCUUGCUUUCUGAGACUGAAUGUGGAAAAUUGGAGAGCUGUCCCCCAAAUGUCUCUUUGGAGUCUCUCCCUUUGCAUACCUUUGAUAUGACCAUGUCUGAUGGGAGCUACUAUGUAUACAAUGCUGUGCACGCUGUGGCCCAAACCCUUCACGAACUUCUUUUUCAACUGUCAGAAAUGCAAUCACCUGGAAAUGGAGAGAAGCCAGUGGUUCAGCCUUGGCAGGUAAUGUUCCAGUCCAGGCAGGUCCUUCCUGAUGACCUAUUGAUUCUCAACUCAGCCCAAAUUCAUAAUCAAAGUGCUGGCGACCAGAUAAUUUUAGACCAACAAGCAACCCCUGUGGAAGAAUACGAUAUCCUCAACUUCUGGAAUUUUCCUGAUGGACUUGGGCUUCAAGUGAAAGUAGGACAUUUUGUCCCACUGGCUCCACGUGAUCAAGAUUUUUCCAUACAUGAAGAGUUGAUAGAUUGGGCUUUUGAGUUUAAAGAGACUCCUCGCUCUUUGUGCAGCAAGAACUGUGGCCCUGGAUUCAGGCAAACUCCGCAGCAGGGAAAGGCUGCCUGUUGUUUUGACUGCACGCCCUGCCCAGAGAGGGAGAUUGCCAACGACACAGAUAUGAAGCAAUGCAUCAAGUGUCUAGAUGACCAAUACCCAAAUACCAAAAGAGAUCACUGCCUGCCAAAGGUUGUAACUUUCUUGGCAUAUGAAGACCCUAUGGGGAUGGUGCUUGCCUGCGCAGCUCUUUCCCUGUCUAGCCUCACAGCUGUGGUUCUUGGAGUCUUUGUGAAGCACAGAGACACUCCCAUAGUCAAGGCUAACAACCGAACUCUUAGCUACAUUCUGCUCCUGUCCCUCAUCUUGUGCUUCCUCUGCCCCCUACUCUUCAUUGGCCAACCCAACACUGCCACCUGCAUCCUCCAACAAAUGACAUUUGGAGUGUUAUUUACUGUGGCUGUUUCUACUGUUCUGGCUAAAACCGUCACGGUGGUACUGGCUUUCAAGUCCACAACGCCAGGGAUGAAGAUGAGGCAAUGGUUGCUAUCAGGGGCACCCAAUUCUAUCAUUCCCCUCUGCUCACUCGUUCAAGUGACUUUCGCUGUUGUCUGGAUGAUAAUCGCUCCCCCUUUCAUUGACACCGACGCACAUUCUGAGCCUACUCUCCUUAUCGUUGUUUGCAACAAGGGCUCUGUGAUUAUGUUCUACAUUUUCUUAGGCUACUUGGGCUCCUUGGCUAUGGGGAGCUUCACUUUGGCUUUCCUGGCCAGGAGCCUGCCAGACACGUUCAAUGAAGCCAAGUUCUUGACCUUCAGUAUGCUGGUGUUCUGCAGCGUUUGGAUUGCAUUCCUCCCUGUGUAUAACAGCACCAAAGGGAAGUUCAUGGUGGCUGUGGAGGUCUUUUCCAUCUUGGCUUCCAGUGCUGGGUUACUUGUAUGCAUUUUUGCCCCGAAGUGCUAUUUUAUUCUUCUCAAGGCAGACAGGAAUAUCCUGCCAGGAUCAAGAAGUAAAGCAAAGUCUCGAUAAAAAGAAGCAGUAUAAUGAUUUCAUAAACAUGGAGAAUCCAGGAGAUACUGCUCUUACAAUAGGGAAAAUAGCAGAAAAAAAGUAGAAGAAAUGAAUUCCCAGGGACAGCUGGAGAUGUUUGCAGUGGAAAUUCUACAGAGGAAUACACAUGCUGUUGAGCAACAUGGAAGGUGCAGACACACAGUGACAAUCAGAGACACCACCCACAAACCCUGCAGCCAGGAGCUGGAAGAGAUGCCAGCAUUGUAGAGCAGGGGAGGGCAGACUGUGGCAGCCUUUGCUGCUGGUGAUACUGCCUGAGGGAGAGCCCUGGGGACCACACUGUGUUUGAGUCCAGCCUGGAGCCCUAGUGGGGGCAGAGUGCCUGCACAAUCCACGGAAAGGAAAGCACAUUUCUUUCUCCCCAUACCCCCAUUAGGA